AUGGAUAGUCCAGAGCCUGUCGCAGAUCCACACAGUGAAGUACGAAAGCUUCAGGAACUUGUGAAAAAUUUGGAACGACAAAAUGAGGCUCUUCGAAGUAAACAAUCGAGAAAUGGAGACCUGACAACAGACAAUAAAGAAAAUGACAACAACGACAGUGAUAAUAAUUCAUCAGAUGUUGCUAAAGUUAAGUUAAAGGAAAAUUUUGCGUUGGAUGACUUGGACGACGUGAAUUUUUCUGAUCUUUCUGUUGAUGAUGACAGUUGGUUGUAUACAUCCCCGAAAACUGUGACACCUCACAUGUCAAGAGAGACAUUGUUAUCUUGGGUGCGGCAGGACUUUGACCACCCAAGUCCAGAAGUUGAGACAUCAAGAAGAGCUCUUAUAUGCAAACUGAAUGAAGUAGCGCGCAUGAGACACAGUUCAAGUUCCCCUGUGAUAGGUAGCCAGCCAUUGGCUAGUCGGUCAGCUGGAGCACUAACUCGAUCUACUGAAGAAAGCAAUCACACACCUGUCAGAAAUGCUGGUCAUAGAAAGUCAGGUUUAACAGCUCCAGGGUUAUCAAAAAUAGCAUUUGACAGUGGUACUUUCACAAGAUUAAAAAGAGGAGCAGUUCCAAUGCACGGAGAAGGUGACCAGCCUCAAAAUCUGCCGUAUGUGCCCAAUGUUACAGAUAUAAGUGAUAUUGAAAAUCUUGCCAAACAACAGGAAGAGAGCUUACGACAGAGUAUUACUCCAGCAAACAGAAAAGCAAUGAGAGCUAGGCAUGCCUUAAUGGAAGGAGACAGUAGCGCUCGGCUGAGUCCAAGUAGAUUUGACUUGGAUGGAGCAUAUUUGUCAGAUCGGCAUGGAAGUGUGGGUUCAGACCAUGGGAUCCCCUCAAGCGGUUCACUUAUGAAUAGUCAACAUUUUCAGCUGAGUAAUUCUCUAGAUUCUCGAGGACGGGGCAGCCUCCCUUCCACACCAGGCCUGCAGUACCAGUCCAAUAAUUCAAGUGAUUCUAGUUUAGAUCGGUACAACAGUGCCAGCGGUGAUGAGAGCAACCUGGCGCCAGAAGCUUUCAGAUCCAGCUCCUCGCGACUGCAACAUUCAAACUUCCAGUCUGCACCCAAACAAAGCAUGCCUAUAGGUAUUGCACCGGGUCUAGCCCAGCAACAGAUAGAGCGUGGCUUGUCGCCACAGCGGACUAGUGGUUUACCCAUGCCUCGGCGACAGCUAGUGAGGCCUUCAUCAGCUUCUAGGUCUUCUUUGCCCAUGCUUCGCAGGGCAAAUAAUCCGUCUCCCAAACCAACAUCUUCAGGUGGAUCAGAAGACACAUGGCGGGAAGGCUGUUUUUGA